GCAGUGAUAAGGGGACGCAGACUACGCCUACUGCUUCACCAGGAGUUGAAGAAGGUAGAUCUCGUGAAUCACAGCAUGAAGAAGAGAAAAAAGGAUUGGAGUGUGAUCUCUGCCUGGAAGACUGUUUGGUGCCCUGUGCGUUUGACACUGAAGAGGAGUUUGAGGCAGCGGUUGGAGAAAAACAGCGUGAAAUUAUGA